AUGUUGCGUUUGCGCCAGUACCUGCAAGGAGAGCCGUUGCGUGCCAUUGACAGCUUCGGAUAUUCAGCUGCUGCGUACAACGCGGCCAAAGCUUUGCUGCUGCGGAAGUAUGGCGGUGAACGGCGGCGUAUUGCAAUCUAUCUCGAGGAGAUCGAGACCAUGCGACCAGUCCGGCAUGGCAAGGCGAAAGACCUUGAGCAGUUCUCUGAGGUCUUAGCAGUAGCUGUGGUCAACCUGGAAGACGCUGGUCGCGCUGCUGAGCUUGGCGCAGGCUCCUUUUAUACUACUCUGCUGCGGAAGCUGGACGAGCAGAUUGUACGCUACCAUCGAUGGCGCUACGAUCGGUCUCUGGCGGAGUCGGUGCACGGUCUGCUUGAGUUUUGCACAUUGGAGGCAGAUUUCCUGGUUACUGCAUCCGAAACUGUCAGCGGAUUCGGUACCAGCGGCAGGAGCGACUAUUCCCGCACAGGUCGAGACCAUCGCAGUGAACGGCCUAGGACGCUAGUGACCAGCAGUCAGCCUCAGUCACAGUGUGCAUCCUGCGGAGGCCAGCAUAGAGCUUGGCAAUGCGUUGCCUUCAAAGUUCUAAGCCCCAAUAAGCGCUGGAAGCUGGCGAAGGAAAAGGGCCUCUGCUAUCGUUGCCUCGACACAGGGCACAGUGGACAGGAUUGCUCAUGGGGUCGCGAGUGCGGGAUCGGCGGCUGCACCAAGGUACACCACCGACUCCUACAUGGUCCGAACAAGCAAGCCAGUCCGCCUGCUCAAUCUUCGAACGACAGUCAGCAACAACAGUCAGCAGCCUCAGCCUCCGAGGAGGACGAGUCGCGCACAACGCUCUCUACCGCAAGCACUGCUACCCCAGCCGUGGCCAUGCGGACAGUGCCAGUCCUGCUGAAGCACAACGGGGCGGAGCUGAGAGUAAAUGCGUUGCUAGACGACGCAAGUACGAACUCAUACGUCAGCUCGCAUGUUGCGAGUAAGCUCGGUCUUGCUGGAGAGCAAGAGGAUCUGACGGUAAAAGUGCUCAGCGGCCGCACAGAGGUCUUCCGCACGACCUCCGUUUCCUUGAACCUUUCCAGUAUAGACCGCCGCAUGUGCAUGACAAUGCAUGCCUACACUGCCGACUCAGUGAUCGGAACCAGCGGCACGGUCAACUGGCAGCAUAAGAAGCAGCAGUGGGCUCACCUGCUCAACGUUCCCUUCCCAGCACUGGAGAAGCGCCGCCAAAUUGACGUUCUGGUCGGCCUGGACUGCGCCGAGCUGCAUAGGUCGCUGCAGGAGAUCCAGGGUGGCCCCGGCGAGCCAAUAGCCCGACUUACACCUCUCGGCUGGACCUGUGUCGGGCGCGUCAAUCGCAGCAAAGCAACGGAUCCCGUCACCCUGUUGGCUGAGGCAGUGCCACAGGACGUCGGGGACAGUCUCGCACAGCUGUGGCAGCUAGAACAAUACAACCGAGCUGAGCCACAACAAGCCAUCCUGUCGGCGCAGGAGAAGGAGGUAGUGCACGCUACGAAACAGUCGCUGCAGCUCGUAGACGGACGCUACGAGGUUGGCAUUCCAUGGUGCGAUGGACCACCUACGCUUCCUGACAACUUUCCCCAGGCCAUGAAGCGUUUACGUAGUACGGAGAUGCGACUGGCGCGCGACUCGGAUGCAGCAGCAGCCUACAGCAGCAUCAUCAAGAGCUAUGUCGACAAAGGCUACGUCCGUGAGGUUGCCAAGGACGAGUUGAAGCCUGGUCAGCAGUGGUUCCUGCCCCACUUUGCCAUACUUCGACCAGACAAAGCGACAACAAAGACCCGGAUCGUAUUUGACGCAUCGGCGAAGUAUGAGGGCACAUCUCUCAACGACACGAUGCUUCCAGGGCCGAAGCUACAGCGGCAACUUCCUAGCGUUCUGACCCGUUUUCGCCAGAAGCCAGUAGCCAUCAUUUGUGACAUCGCAGAAAUGUAUCUGUGCAUCGGACCGGCAGUAUCACCGAUUUCUAUGGCGUGA